AUGAAAUACUCAAAGCCUGGGAAUAAAUGUAUGGGAAUCUUGGCAAUGGAGAAAAGAGAUACAUUCUUCACCAUGGCAGAGUGUGGACUUGUAACUGAAGCCAAAGAGGCAUUAGUUUUGUAUGGAAAUGGAGACAUUUUAGAAUGUACAGCAAAACUCAAAAAUAUUCAAAAGGAAAUAUUACAUGUCGACAGGUGGGAGCUAGACUCAUCAGUGAUUUGGAGUGUUUGUGGGGUUAUCAAAGGAGAAAUAAGCAAAUGGAAGCAAGACCUAAUGAUUAAGCCAUCAGUGGAAAGUCUUGCAACAGUGUCAGCAGCCCUUUGCUGUCUUCGGAACAGCUUUGCGAAUUGCUCCCGAACCCAAUUACUGGUUGCUGAAACUGAAGAUCUUUUGAAACCAGUUAUAAGCUCAACUCACUGGACAUUUCACUGUAAAGGAGAAGGGGAAUUCAAGAAUGAUAUAGAGAAUCCAGGUGAUCCUACUCUGGUAGCAGGAGAUAACAGUGAGGAUACAAAGACCCCUUCCUCAGCAGACAAAGAUAAUGAGGACAGAAGUGAGUGGGAGACGGCCCAUGCUGCCUUGGCAUCUGCGUGUGUCACCUGUUUAGGCAAUAUGGUGGCAGCCAACUCCACCACCAGGAAGCUGCUGUGGUCACAUGUACGUCCACUACUCAGGCAUCUGCUUACUUAUGAUGACUGGAAAGUGUCACAGAUGGCAAGUAUGAUACUCCAUAAUUGUCUCUUGGAGAGUGAAUUGAAAAUUGAAUUUAGCAGAGAUGAAACAGCUCACACUGUUUUAGGGGAUCUCCUGACACUGUAUGUGCAUGAAAGCCAAUUUUCAUGCUUUGUGCUGUUUUGCCUGGAAUUACUUCUGUGUUGUGAGGGUGUUGUUGAAAACUCUUGGCCAUCCUUAACAAGCAAGCAAAGGUUGCUGUGUCUAGAUGUGUUAUCUGCUGUGAUUUGUGGAUCUACACAGUCAAAAUCUGAAUCUGUCCCUAGUACAGCAAUUUUGUUCCUUGCCAGCAUCUUCAAGAAUGAAGCAGACAAAAUCUUAUGCACCCAUAUUGGAAAUCUUAACCACGAUGAUUCUCAGAUUCUCGCAAGGCUUGUAAACUUUGUAUGUUCAGUUGCUGCAUCAGACACUUGGAGACCAUUACUACAGCAAGAUACCAGUCUUCUCAUCUCUAGUGUUUACUUACUGAGAUGUAUGAAUGACAUUGGGAAAGUUGGAGGCAAUGCCUUCACACCAAUUGACCGCAUGGUGGAUUUGAGUGAUGAGGAAAUAAUGGAGAACGCUGCCUCACAUCCAGCUUUUGGCUUUAAAUGUGACCUGAUAAGACUGAUUGCUAGUCUUGUUUAUAGACAUAAAGCUAAUCAAGACCAGGUUCGUGAAAUAGAGGGCUUACUCCUGCUGCUGGAAUGCACACAGUUUGAUGCAAGGAAUCCACUAAUCAAAGAAACCUCAGUCUUUGCUUUGCGCAACUUGCUGGAGGGAAAUCAAGAAAAUCAGGAAGUCAUACAAGCUCUGAAAUUUAAAAGUGUUGCUGAAAACAGUGGAUUACGUGAGCUUGGAAUGGAAGUAGUGAGUGAUGGAGACAAAGUUCGGCUGAGACAGCUUGAACGUUCACCACUGGACAGUGAUGAGGCAGAUUUGUGAUGGCAGUUGUUAAUGAAAUGGAAAUAUAUAUUUUAAAGAGAAA